CAAAAAAAUCGACUUCUUAAGUUUAAUGUUUUUCUGGAUGAAAAUAAAAUCAUCCGUUUAGGAGGUAGAUUGCAUCAUUCAGAAUUUUCUUUUGAGAAAAAACAUCCAAUUUUAUUACAGUCCACUCAUCAUUUAACAAAACUUUUAUUUAAUUAUGAGCAUCGAAAAUUAAUGCAUGCAGGUCCCCAAUUAUUAUUGGCCACAAUAAGAGAAACUUACUGGCCUUUGGGUGGUCGCAACUUAGCCAGAUUAUGCUAUCGUCAGUGCGUUCGCUGUCAACGUUUUAAGGCACAAGUUGUACAAACACAAAUGGGCAAUUUGCCCUCAAGCAGAUUGUCACCAGCUGACUUUCCUUUUCAAAGUGUAGGCGUUGACUACGCGGGUCCCAUAACAUCGGCUAAUCGUCAAGGUCGUGGAUGUAAACUACUGAAAGUUUACAUUGUAAUUUUUGUGUGCUUUACGACUAAAGCCAUACAUUUAGAAUUAGUGGGCGAUUUGACGAGCAGCAACUACUUACAGGCUUUGCGUAGGUUUAUGUCCCGAAGAGGAAAGCCUCUUUAUAUUUAUUCAGACAAUGGGUCAUCAUUUGUAGGAGCCUAUAAUGAUCUUUCUACAUUCCUUAAGCGCAUUUGUAACUCCUUAGCUGAAGAUGCGGCUCAUGAUGGAAUCAAUUUCCACUUUAUUCCUGCCUACGCCCCACAUUUUGGUGGACUUUGGGAGGCGGGUGUUAAAUCCACUAAACAUCAUUUAGUUAGAGUGCUGGGCAAUUGUCACUUAACUUAUGAGGAGCUAAACUCCACCUUAAUCCAAAUGGAGGCAAUUUUAAAUUCUCGACCGCUCACUCCGCUGUCGUCAGACGCUGAAGAUUUGCUGCCGCUUACUCCAGGUCACUUUUUAAUCGGAAGACCAGUUACUUCACUACCGGUUCAAAACUUGCGGGACUGCUCUUAUGACCGCCUGACUCGGCAUCAAAGGAUCGAGCAACUCAGGCAACAUUUCUGGGUGAGAUGGAGCAAAGAGUACAUUUCAGAACUUCAGAAAAGAGUCAAAUGGCAGAGUGGCAAAGAUUAUCAUUUAAAAAUCGACGCCCUUGUCAUCAUCAAGGACGACAAUUUACCACCAAUUAAGUGGAAGUUGGGCCGAAUCAUAGCACUACACCCUGGUACUGAUAAUAUCUGCAGGGUGGCUGACAUACGGACUGCAGGUGGCGUAAUAAGAAGAGCUGUCUCGAAGAUUUGUCCCCUUCUCUAAAGAAACUUCGGGUUGAAAGCAAGCUUUCAACGGCUGGGGGCAUGUUGCAGCCAUAAUAUGAAUAAAAACUUUUUAAAUCGAAACUGACGUACUGGCUGCUUGUCAUCGAAUUA